AUGGCGAAGAUGCUGUGGAGAAAGCAGCAGGCGGCACCGAGCAAGCAGGGCUCGGGGUCGCCGGUCCGCGCCGGCGGCGUCGGGGCGGCGAUGCCGAGAGGGUACGUGCCCAUGCGGCUCGUUGGCGACGGCGGCGAGGAUGACAAGCACGAUGAGACUGUCCUGGUGCCGGUGGCGCUGCUCAAGCAGCCCCGCAUGGUGGAGCUGCUGGAGAUGGCCGAGCGGCAGUACGGGUACGGCCAGCCCGGCGUGCUGCGGAUCCCCUGCGACGCCCGGCGCUUCGAGCAGCUCAUGGGUCUGGCGUGCAUGGCCAGGUAG